GUGAAAUUAUGGCCACAAUUUAAAACGUGUAGUGGGUCAAAUAAUUGCUUCAUGAUAAAUUGAAUCAAAAAAUAGUAACAUCUUGUUUUAGUAUAUUUAUAGUAACUUCAUUUCUUCCAUAGUCGCUAACUUGCUCUAUCAUGGAUACCAUUAGAGAUGAAGAAAAGGCACUUCACAUAGUAAUGUUUCCAUGGCUAGCCUUUGGUCACAUGAUUCCAUAUCUUGAACUAGCCAAGCUUAUAGCACAAAAGGGUCACAAAGUUAGUUAUGUUUCUACACCAAGAAACAUACAACGCCUCCCUAAACUACCACCAAAUGUUGCUCCUCUCAUCAAAUUUGUAAACCUUCCAUUGCCAAAAGUUGAUAACCUUCCUGAAAACGCAGAGGCUACUACAGACAUUCCUUAUGAUGUCGUACCAUACCUUAAAAAUGCCUUUGACAAACUUGAAAAACCUUUCACCCAUUUCCUUGAAACUUCUAAUGCUGGUUGGAUUUUUCAUGAUUUUGCUAACUUUUGGAUUGCUCCUACGGCAUCCCAGUUGGGUAUAAAAUGUGCAUUUUUCUCCAUUUUCACUGCACCGACAAUGGGUUUUUUGGGACCCGUUUCAGUUAUCUUGGGUGACGAACCUGGUCGAACAAAGCCUGAGGACUUCACCGUUGCUCCGCCGUGGGUUCCGUUUCAGACAACGGUAGCAUACCGUUAUUUUGAGAUUAUAAAGACUGCGGACAUUCUCUCCGACAAAAUCUUAGGGACUUCUGAUCUGCAUCGCUAUGGUUUGUCUAUUCAGAACAGUGACUUCAUUUUGAUCCGUGGUUGUACUGAAUUUGAACCCGAAUGGUUUCAAGUGAUCCAAAACAUUCACCAGAAAACAGUUCUCCCUGCCGGUCAGCUCCCCAACACGGAGUUUGACAGCGGCCAUGAAAAUGACUCAUGGCCGAGGAUAAAGGAGUGGUUGGACAAGCAACCACAUGGCACAGUGGUAUAUGUAGCUUUUGGUAGUGAAGCAAAACCAAGUCAAGAAGAAGUGAAUGAGAUAGCUUUAGGGUUAGAGAAGUCAAACCUUCCAUUCUUUUGGGUCCUUAAGGUUCGACGUGGGCCUACAGAUAAAGUUGUGUUGCAAUUGCCAGAAGGAUUUGAGGAGCGGACCAAAGGACGUGGAGUGGUAUGCACUGAUUGGGUCCCACAAAUGAAGAUAUUAGGUCACAUGGCAGUUGGUGGAUUCUUGACUCAUGCAGGGUGGACAUCGGUGGUAGAGGCAGUUCAACAUGAGAAGCCACUUGUGUUGUUGACGUAUCUUUCAGAUCAAGGAAUAAAUGCAAGAGUGUUGGAGGAAAAGAAGAUGGGGUACUCAGUGCCUAGAGAUGAGAGAGAUGGGUCUUUCACAAGUGAUUCGGUUGCUCACUCAAUUAGGCUGAUUGUGGUUGAAGAAGAGGGAAUGAUCUAUAGAGAAAAUAUUAAGAACAUGAAGGACUUGUUUGUCAAUAUUGAAAGACAAGAUAAAUAUGUUAAUAACUUGUUGAGCCACCUUACAAGUCUUUUGAAACACUGAUUGUGAUGUCGACUAUGAUUGAUGCUACCACCUUAUAAGUACCUUUCUCCUUUAAUUUAAGUUUCUAGUAUCUGCAUUCAUUAAUAAGGUUCACCAAAUUUCUUUAUCUUUCUUUUAGUUUUAUUAUUAUGGUUAUUCAAAUGCUGUUAGAACUAAAGAGAUUGAUAAGCCGAUAGUUUCAAUGAUUUUGAUGAUAAUACACUUAUUCUAAGUGAAUAAGUUAUCCUUUCCCAUUCAACAAAGUUAUUUCAAGUGUGGAGAUUUAAGUUUUGGUGUAAA